UACAUUGGCUCUAUGCAAAAAUUUUUCAUUUAUUAUUUUAUAGUGGUUCGGUUGAGUUAUUAAAUUCUAGUCAAAAUUUUUAAUUAUUCUUUUUUUUUUUGUUAAUUAACUAGAAUUUUUAUUUAAAAACAAGUUCAAAAUGUUGCGAGUUGGUCGUUUUGUUGUAAAGUUAGAAUCAUCACAAAAAUCUUUACAACUUUCAUCAAGAUGUUUGGCUACAGCUGCUCAAACAAAACCCAAAGAGGAUGCCCAAAAAGUUGAGAACCAAUCUUUUACAAUGAACAUAUUUCGUGGACAAAUUCAAACAAAUCAAAUAUUCCCGUAUGCAAAUGUUUUGAACGAGGAGCAAAAGGAAACGUUGCAAAUGUUGGUUGAUCCAGUUUAUAAAUUUUUCGAGGAAGUAAAUGAUCCAGCCAAAAAUGAUUCUCUUGCGCAAGUUGCUGAAGAAUCAAUGAAAGGUUGUUGGGACUUGGGAUUAUUUGGAUUACAAGUACCACAAGAUUUGGGUGGUCUUGGUUUAAACAACACUCAAUAUGCACGACUUGUAGAAAUUGUUGGCGCUAAUGACUUGGGUGUUGGUAUCACUUUAGGUGCUCAUCAAUCAAUUGGAUUCAAGGGUAUCUUAUUGUUUGGUACUCCAGAACAAAAAGCCAAAUAUUUACCACGUGUUACAUCCGGUGAAUUCGCUGCAUUUUGUUUAACCGAACCCUCAUCGGGAUCUGAUGCUGGCUCAAUUAAAUCUCGUGCAGUAAAAUCCGCAGACGGUAAACACUACAUUUUAAACGGUUCAAAAAUUUGGAUUAGUAACGGUGGUUUUGCUGAAAUAAUGACUGUAUUCGCUCAAACACCAGUCGUGGAUCCAAAAACAGGAAAAACCAAAGAUAAAGUAACCGCAUUCAUUGUGGAGCGCUCAUUUGGUGGUGUUAGCAGUGGUCCACCAGAAAACAAAAUGGGUAUCAAAGCUUCCAACACAACUGAAGUGUACUAUGAAGAUGUACCCAUUCCAGUAGAAAAUGUUUUGGGCGGUGAAGGUAAUGGAUUCAAAGUGGCCAUGAAUAUCUUAAAUAAUGGUCGAUUUGGUAUGGCCGCUGCUUUAAGUGGUACCAUGAAAUAUGCUAUCAAGAAAGCUGUAGAUCACGCCACCACACGUAUCCAAUUUGGUAAACGGAUUGACUCUUUUGGAACAAUUCAAGAGAAAAUUGCACGUAUGGCAAUGUUACAAUAUGUUACGGAAUCGAUGGCAUACAAUAUUUCUGGAAAUAUGGAUACUGGAUCUGUCGAUUAUCAUUUAGAAGCUGCUAUUUCAAAAUGUUUUGCUUCAGAAUCUGCAUGGUUUGUUGUCGAUGAAGCAAUUCAAAUUUUGGGUGGUAUGGGUUUCAUGAAAUCUACCGGCCUUGAACGAGUACUCAGAGAUUUAAGGAUAUUCAGAAUUUUUGAAGGAACUAACGACAUAUUAAGAUUGUUUGUUGCGCUAACUGGUAUUCAAUAUGCUGGAGCUCAUUUACGUGAAUUACAAAAAGCAUUCAAAAAUCCAGCAGCUAAUUUAGGAUUAAUAUUUAGUGAAGCCUCUAAGCGAGCUAUCCGAUCUGUAGGUUUAAGUAGUCCACCAUCGUUUAGCCAAUUGGUGCAUCCUGAAUUAGCUUCAUCGGCAGCAUUGGUGUCCAAGAGUGUGGACACAUUUGGACAAGUUGUUGAAAUGAUGUUAAUCAAGUAUGGAAAAAAUGUUGUCGAUGAACAAUUCUUGUUAAAUCGUCUAGCAAACGCGGCCAUGGAUUCUUACGCAAUGAUUGUUGUACUUUCUAGAGCCACAAGUGCCUUAAAUAAUAAACUUCCUACUGCUGAAUAUGAAAAAGAAUUGACUCAAGCUUGGUGUGCUGAGGCAUCCGAACGAGUUGCAGCAAACUUAAAAAUAAUUGGAUCUGGUAAACAUUUGGAUACAUUCGGUAAAUUAAGUACUAUUGCCAAAACAAUUUGCGAGAAAGAAGGUCUUGUACAACCAAAUCCUUUAGGUUUUUAAGAACAUUCAAAUCAAAAAACUUUUAUAUGACAAAAUUUUUAUUGUAAAUUGUUGUAAUUAUUAAUUAUGUUAUUUAUUCUUAAUUAAUUAAUCAAAGUUUUUUUUUCUCUUUUUUGUUUCUAAUUAGGAGAUACAUUUAUCUCAGGAACUAUAACUUUUUUUAAAUUUAGUCGAAUAAGAUUACAGUAUUCAAUUUUAGGGUGGCGAUCGACCUCUGAAAAAGCUGAAAAUAUCAGAAAAAUUUGAAAUAAACAGUCUUGGAUUUCAACAAUUCGAUCGCUGCUCAAAUUUCUCUAAUUUAAAAAAAAUAAUUUUAGGUAAAUGAAAUGUAAAAAGUUUUCUUUUAUUAGAUUGGUAAUAAUCAUCAAAUUGCUUUUUUUAAAUAAACUUUUCCAUAUUGGUAAGAGAAAAUUUAUGCAAUAGGAUUAUAUUCAGGAUAUAUCCGUUAAAUGGAAAAUUAUUGAAUAUAAUUGAUAUUAAUAAUAUGCACGGGCGUGCCGAGAAAGGUGGCAGUGGUGGGUAGCUACACCCACCCUGUAACUGGACUGAUCGUACGCUUAGAUGGUUAAGUAUGCUUAAAUAUUGUUGAAAUUUUGUUUGAUUCAAAAAUUUC